CACACACACACACACAUAUUUCCUUCAGUUGUGUUGGGUGAGGAUCACUGUGUAUCAGCUUAUAUCAGGAAUCUCUUCCUCUGAACUGGUUUGUGGAUAAACAGAAAUACACCGGAUUGUCAAAUGGUUUCCACCUUUCAUAAAACUAAAAGUUUUACAAGAACAGCAGCUACCAUCUCUGUAAUGUUCUGUGUCUUAACACUUAACUUGGCCGUUACAUCUGUCGCACAAGAGACGACCACAAUUGAUUCUCAUCCUGUUGACCCCUGCUUCAACUACAAUGUGCUGGAUAAUGCGUGGAGAGCCACCAAUAGACAAUCUUACAUCCCCAUGUGUGACCAGUCUGUCUCCUGGAGCGGCUGGUACCGUCUCUUCCUUUAUGGCUUUAGUGUUCAAAUCCCAGACACGUGUGUUGAGAAGUAUCGCUGUAGCACUACUGUCCCGCUGUGGAUACGUGGUGGACACCCAAAAGUGGAGGAUGGAGUUGUCAGUCGAGAUGUCUGCGGUCACUGGGACAAUUACUGCUGCUAUUACGGGUCUUUUCCUAUUAAAGUCAAAGCCUGUCCAGGAAAUUAUUUUGUCUAUGAGCUGGUCAGACCAACAACCUGCAAUUUUGCAUACUGUGCAGAUGUUAGCAGCAUUAACACCAGCUCUACAGCUGUCUUACCAGCACCCAUCUCAACUGAUUUUCAUUCUGCUGACCCCUGCUACCACUACACUGUGCUGGAUGAUCCAUGGAGAGCCAACAGCAGACAAUAUUACUCCUAUUACAACAACUACUACUACUAUAACUACAACUGCAACAACUACUACAAGUGUGACACCAAUGUUAUUUGGAGCGGCUGGUAUCGUCUCUUCAUUAACGGCCUGAACGCUCAUAUCCCAGACACGUGUGUUGAGAAGUACAGCUGUGGCACUGAAGUCCCACUGUGGAUCCAUGGUGGACACCCAACAGUUGAGGAUGGAGUCGUCACUCGAGAUGUCUGCGGUCACUAUAACGAUUACUGCUGCUAUUACGGGUCUUUUCCCAUUAAAGUCAAAGCCUGUCCAGGCAAUUACUAUGUCUAUGAGCUGGUUAGACCAACUUACUGCUGUUCAACAUACUGUGCAGACACUGGCAGCAUUAACACCAGCUCUACAACUGUCACACCAGUGACCAUCGCAACUGUUCUCUCUGUUGACCCCUGCUACAACUACACUGUGCUGGAUGAUCCAAGGAGAGCCACCAGUUACACAUAUACCUCCUCCAUGUGUGACAUCUCCGUUUCCUGGAGCGGCUGGUAUCGUCUGUUCUAUUACGGCUUGAAUGUUCAGAUCCCAGACACAUGUGUUGCAACAUACAGGUGUGGCACUGCUGCCCCGCUGUGGAUACGUGGUGGACACCCAACAAUUGAGGAUGGAGUCGUCACUCGAGAUGUUUGCAGUCACUGGAGCAAUAACUGCUGCAUUUUUGGAUCUUUUCCCAUUAAAAUCAAAGCCUGUCCAGGCAAUUAUUAUGUCUAUGAGCUGGUUAGUCCAACUUUAUGCAAUUCAGCAUACUGUGCAGACACUGGCAGCAUCUACAACAGCUCUCCAGCUGUUACAUCAGCGAGCAACUCAACUGCUGUUAAUAACAUCAGCAGCACUGACACAACAGUCACACCACAGAAUACCUCAGCUGAUCAUUUACUGUCAGUCACUUCCUCUACAUCUACCAGUCCCACUACUGAAGUUUCUUUACAGCCGGACACUUCCACACCAACUACCAGUUCAACAUCUACAGCUGUUAAUAACAUCAGCAGCACCGAGACAACAGUCACACCACAGAAUACCUCAGCUGAUCAUUUACUGUCAGUCACUUCCUCUACAUCUACCAGUCCCACUACUGAAGUUUCUUUACAGCCGGACACUUCUACAACAUCUACCAGUUCAACAUCUACAGUUUCUUUACUGCCGGUCACUUCCACACCUUCUAGCAGUUCUACUUCUACAGAUCAUUUACUGUCAGUCACUUCCUCUACAUCUACCAGUCCCACUACUGAAGUUUCUUUACAGCCGGACACUUCCACACCAACUACCAGUUCAACAUCUACAGCUGUUAAUAACAUCAGCAGCACUGACACAACAGUCACACCACAGAAUACCUCAGCUGAUCAUUUACUGUCAGUCACUUCCUCUACAUCUACCAGUCCCACUACUGAAGUUCCUUUACAGCCGGACACUUCCACAACAUCUACCAGUUCAACAUCUACAGUUCCUUUUCAGCCGGUCACUUCCACAACACCUACCAGUUCUACAUCUACAGAUAAUUUACUGUCAGUCACUUCCACAACAUCUACCAGUCCCACUACUGAAGUUUCUUUACUGCCAGUCACUUCCACACCAUCUACCAGUUCUACUUCUACAGAUCAUUUACUGUCAGUUACUUCCUCUACAUCUACCAGUCCCACUACUGAUGUUUCUUUACAGCCGGACACUUCUACAACAUCUACCAGUUCAACAUCUACAGUUCCUUUUCAUCUGGUCACUUCCGCAACAUCUACCAGUUCUACUUCUACAGAUCAUUUACUGACAGUCACUUCCACAACAUCUACCAGUCUCACUACUGAAGUUCCUUUACAGAAGGACACUUCCACAACUUCUACCAGUUCUACAUCUACAGUUCCUUUACAGUCGGGCACUUCCAUUACUUCUAUCAUUUCUACUUCAGUUUAUUUACAGAAGAACACUUCCGCAACAUCUACCAGUUCUACGUCUUCAGUUCCUUUACAGCCAAUCACUUCUGCAACUUCUACCAGUUUUACUUCUACAGUUUAUAUACAGCAUGUCACAUCCACUACAUCUGUCAGUCCCAGUACUACAGAUCCUUUAAAGCUGGUCGUUUCUACAACAUCUACCAGUUCUACUUCUACAGGUCUGAACUUUACUCUGGAUGGAUGCAGGGCCACAGGACGAUGUGAAAAUCUUCUUGAGCAGAUAGAGAACAUCACUGCUGAAGUUCUCCCUUUGACUGAUGUGACCAAAAUUUUGGAUGUAGUCCUCAACUUUUCAGAGAGGGUUUUAGUGUCAUCAUCAGCUGACCCAAAUAAACUGGUGUCAGAUGGAAACCGUUUGUUAAAAGCCAGUGAGAAGCUGGUGUCCAUGCUGGUGAAGCCGACAGACACAUAUGCCAAUGUCAGUUUUACUCUUGACACUCUAGAGGUUCAAGUCUUCAUGGUUGGACCAAAUGCCACCUUAAAUAAAAUCCCUCGACUUGAAACAAAAAAUUCAUCUGUGGACAUUGAUCUCAUUGGGAUCGCCAAGAACAAUAGUGAAAGAUCAGCUGCUGUGGCUUUCAUGAGUUAUAACACAAUGGAGAAUCUACUGAAGCCAGACUUCUUCAACACAUCAAAUGACAUGGUUAAAACCAUGAUGUCCACUGUGAUCUCAGCUACUCUUCCCAAAACCACAAACUCUAAACUCACCAAACCAGUCAACUUCACCCUCAAACACAUUAGAAAGCUUGUUCCCAACGGUUCUCUGUCCUGUGUGUACUGGAAUAUCAGUGAGUGGAUUGUAGAUGGUUGUUCGGUUUUAGAGACCAACAGCAGUUACACUGUGUGUUCCUGUGUUCAUCUGUCGACAUUCGCUCUCAUCAUGCAAACCAGCCGCCCAUCAGAGAGAGACUCACUGCUGGAGCUGUUGAAGGUCUUGAAUUUGGUGUGUGUGCCCGUGGGACUGGUGUUCUUCAGUUUGGCGCUGUUGACCUUUGCCAUUUGUCAGUGGAGUCCUGGAGUGAAUAAUGUGGCUCGAAUCAACCUCUGCAUCAGUCUUCUGUUGGCUCACCUUCUGUUCCUGCUCACACAACAGUUUGUGAGUCUCAUAAACCCUCAUCAGGUGUUGUGUGCCGUGAUAUCAGGAGUGCUGCACUUCCUCUUUCUCUCCGGCUUUGUGUGGAUGUUAAUUGAAGCUGUGCUGCUCUUCAUCUGUGUGAAGAACCUAUCACAGAUCAGGUCCUCAAAGAGGGCUGUACUUAGCAGUCGAUUCCUGUGUGUGAUUGGCUAUGUGGUUGGUCUGGUUGUGGUGGGUGUGUCUGCUGUGGUGGAUCCUAAAGGCUACGGAAGCGAAGACUGCUGGAUUAAAAUGGAUAAAGGUUUUUUCUGGAGUUUUCUGGGACCUGUUGCGGUCAUAAUUGCCUUAAAUAUGAUUCUUUUCAUCAACAUCAUCAUCAGUCUGAACUUGACUUUGAAAAAUCGGAACCCUGAAGUUUCACAGAUGAAACAAACCAAGACUAUGACAUUUAAAACACUGGCUCAGUUUGUGGUUCUUGGGUGCUCCUGGAUUCUGGGUUUCUUCACUAACGGCAGGAAGGAGCUGGAGAUCCUCUUCCUGAUCUUGAACUCCCAGCAGGGAACCUUCAUCUUCUUGGUCUAUUGUGUCCUCAAUAAUGAGGUCAGACAACAGUACAGGAAUUGGUGGAGAGCUGUCCUUCCAAACAGAGUCAGCAAAAAUGUCCAGAUGAGAUAUGAGACAAAGGCCAUAAAUCCCUAUAAAGAAUAAUUAAAAAAAAAACAGUAGGGGAAACAGUAAACAAGUUGUCCAGGUUAUGUCAAUGUAAAUCACCAACUCUUGUUUUCUUGUUAUUUAAAUGAGUGAGAUAUUGAGAAAUUCCUUAUUCGAGCAAUUUGAACAGUGCAUUUCAAUUUAAUGUCAAACAACACAACCUGUAGCAUGUAUGUUCCGUGUUUCCCCUUUUAUUGUGUGUUUGGUUUUGUCCUGUGACCUAGCUUUCCUUUGUUUAACUAAUGUAAAAUCAGCAUUAUUCUUUUCACUCAAAAUCAUAUUUUUUUUUCAUUGUAUGAACUCUGAUUAUUUUAUUUUGAAAAUAUUGUUUGAUUUCAUUGUAUUGUCUUUUGAUUUAAUCACACUGGUUGGUAUAGUUUGAGUUUAUAUACGAUUUGGUAAUGAAGUGUACUGCCCCUUUAAGAGACACUUAACUUUGCCUCUCAGUUCAGGCUAAGCUAUUCUAAGAUGAGGACGUCUCGUGGCUCACAGAGACAAAGAUGAAGUUUUGAGAGAAGCUACAGAAUGCAUGUUUCUAGAUAUUAAUUCUUCGAUUUGUCCAGCUCUUCAUUGUUGAGAAAAUGAAGAGCCAGCUAUAGACCAGCCAUAGAAGUGUGGUGUCCAUUUGUUGUACACACACAACGCAGAGUCAACAGUUACAUUAGUCUCUUUAAUUAGUCAUUUCAUUCACCUGUGUCUUGUUAAUUAUUAGUUCCCUUUGUUUGGUCAUGCUUAUAAGCCGUCAGUUUUCAGUUAGUUUGUCGGUUUGUCUGUUCUCGUGAACGUUAGUAUGUGUUUUACAAUAUUAGACUAAAACAAUAUUGUCAUUACACAAUAUGUAAGGUAACACUAUCAUACAAUAUUGUUAUCAAAGUCUAUCUCCUAGUAUUAUUCCUCAUCUUCAUGUGUUUCAUACCACGUACCGUGACAGCAGAACCGACCAAUACCGUAUCUUCAUCAGCCCAACUCCGAACAUAACGCCAGAGACCAGCCAACCACCACCACCAGUGAACGACAUGACAGAGAUGUUGUUUGAGGCCACCGCAGAAAUUAGAGACUGGCCACCCGCAAGAGAUGAGCCCGUACCGAGGAUAAGGACAGAGGGAUACAUUGCCUCGGAGCCUGGACCACCAACAGUCUGACCAGAUGCUCGAACCAGCAACACUGUACGUCACUGAGAGAGUGAUUGUGGAGUUCAAGGGCUGGGAGGAUAGCCCCACCCACAACCCUACUGCUAUGGAAAUGUGUAUGUUGAACUCUGGUAAAUGUUCUGAUGAGCUUAAGGACUUGUUUAAGGUAGACUUGAUAGAUCUUUUUUGGAGAGGUGAUUCCCUAUCCCUUGUAUCUCCAGCAGCCCUUUAUUUACAGAGUUCCUUGUAUCUCCAGCGCCCCCCUGCAUCUCCGGUGUCCCCCGAAUGCCCACACAGCCUCCCUCUCCCGCCGGAACAGGCUUUUUCAGCCUGUUCCUCAGCCCCACCAUCACUCCUGGCCUUCAGCCCUUCUGCAUCUCCCACAUGACAGGUGGAGAUGCCAAAUGUCUUCAGGCCAUCAGCUCCAUCUAACACAGAGGAUCCCGUCUCCACCUCGAGCAUCUGUGCCCAUCGCUGCAUCGCUGGCUCUGUCUGGAUAACCCUUCCCCCCGGCUCUGCCUUCGUCCUUGGUCCCACCGGUUCAGCCUCUGUCCUCUGGUUUCCCAGCUACAUCUCAGACUCCCAUCGCCACAGCUGCACCAUGGCCUCCAGUACCAUCAGCAGCACAUUGCACUAGAUACGGUGCGAGGACACACCUUUUUGGGAGGAGGCGUAUUCCUCCUCUGAACCUACUUGAACCUACUCCUUUCAUUGUGUAUUUGGUUCUGUCCUGUGCUAGUUUUCCUUAGUUUGUUUAGUCAAUUCAUUCACCUGUGUCUUGUUAAUCAACUUAUUAGUUCCCUUUGUUCAGCCAUGCUUAUAAGCUUUCAGUUCUCCCUUAGGGGGCUUUCACACUGGCAGUUUAGUUCGGAACGUGGCACGGUUCACCUGAAAAAUUAGCUAAUGUGAACGCUGUCAUGGGACCCGGGUGCGCACUGGGGUACCGAACCCGAGACUACCUGGUGGAGGUAGAUCUGAGUUCGGUUGCUCCCAAACCGUGGCACGGUUCGUGUGAAUGUGAAAGCAGCACGGACUCGGGUGCGCACCUGUUCAGGAAGUAAAGUGUUGAUUAUAAUAUAUUUAGUUAAAUAAAACAAGUUAGGGAUGACAGUGUUGAUGAUUUACCUUGGAUACAAGCAAGAGUGAGCCUGCAGUGUAUUUGUGCAUUGCACGUGGAAUCAGAGCAACACAUUUGUAAAUCCACUGUCUCCUCAAAAGAGUCCAUUUGCAAGCAGCAGAAGCCCACCUUAUGUGACACAUGCACAGCAAACCUGUAUUUUUCACUCAACUGCGCAUAAUAACAGCAAAUUAAUAAAACACAAUAUUGACCCGCGUUCUGUUUUCUGUCAUGCGCCAUUGCACGUUUGUGAUGACGUAAGAUGCACGCAAACGCACCAGGGUUCGAUAGAAUCAAGUUGAGUGUGAAACCAGACCAACGCUGCGGAAGGGGGCGCCGGGAACAAACGCGCACGGGCUCGUACCGCAGCAAAUGAUCCCAGUGUAAAAGCCCCCUUAGUGUCUGUCGGUUCAUGAUAAUGUUAGUGUGUGUUUUACUCCUGCAUUUAUUCCUUGUUUCCAGAAUAUUGUUAUUAAAGUCCAUCUCUUAGUAA